AUGAACUGGUUUGUAGCUGCCUUUGCUGUGUGUGCCCUUGUGCCCGGCGUCCACUGUGCCUCAGACUCUGUCGCCUGGUGUUAUGAUCAGGCAAGCUGCAAUGACGCUCAAUGGCCAGUGAUUGCUGCUGAGUUUUGCAAUGGCACUCGACAGUCACCCAUUAACAUAGUUUCAGCAUCUGCCAAAGGUGACUCCAACCUGGUUGAAUUCACUUUUCGUAACUUCAGCAGCACCUCCGCCCUGAAAAAGAUCAAAAACACAGGCAAGACAGUCAAAGUUACUCUUGCGAGCCAUGUUGGGAUCUCAGGAGGAGGCCUGUCCGAGUCUUAUGACAGCCUGCAGUUCCACUUGCACUGGGGUAAUGGCAGCAGUGUUCCUGGAUCUGAGCACACUGUGAAUGGGAAGCGAUAUCCCAUGGAGUUGCACAUUGUUAACAGCAAGUCAUCCUUGAAUGGGAACACGACUCUAGCUGUUGCGGACUCCACAGGACUUGCUGCUCUUGGUUUCUUCAUUGAGGAAAUGUCAGGUAAUGCAACUGGCCAACCUGAAAGCUGGAAAAAUCUGACCUCUUACCUGACCAGCAUCACAGAAAAAGACCAGAGCGCUACAAUUGCAGCUGGGUUUUCUCUGGAUGAUCUCCUUGUUGGAGUGGAUCGCUCGAAGUAUUAUCGCUACCUUGGCUCCUUGACAACCCCCAAUUGCAAUGAGGCUGUGGUUUGGACUGUGUUUAAGGACACAAUUAAAGUCAGCAAAGAUUUGAUUGACCUCUUCAGCACAACAGUACGCAUCUCCAACAGCACAUCGCAUUUAAUGACCAAUGUCUACAGAAAUGUCCAGGCAGCCCAGUCAGUCACAACACAAGCUAAGAGCUCAGUCUCUUCCACCUGCUACUCUCUAGGGCUGAUGACCCUGAGCAUUGCACUGGGGCUGAGGACUUAG